AUGACGACCAUGGAUUUGCGUGUCGGUAACAAGUACCGCAUCGGCCGCAAGAUCGGAAGCGGCAGUUUCGGUGAUAUCUAUCUCGGAACCAACAUCAUCUCUGGCGAAGAAAUCGCCAUCAAGCUCGAGAGCGUCAAGGCUAAGCACCCCCAGCUCGAAUAUGAAGCUCGUGUCUACAAGUCCCUCGCGGGUGGCGUCGGUAUUCCUUUUGUCCGCUGGUUCGGUACCGAAUGCGACUACAAUGCCAUGGUGAUCGACCUUCUGGGCCCUAGUCUGGAGGACUUGUUCAACUUCUGCAAUCGCAAAUUCUCGCUCAAGACCGUUCUGCUACUGGCCGACCAACUUAUUUCCCGCAUCGAAUACAUUCACGCCAAGUCUUUCAUCCACCGUGACAUCAAGCCCGACAAUUUCCUCAUGGGUAUUGGCAAGCGUGGCAACCAAGUCAACGUGAUCGAUUUCGGUCUUGCGAAAAAGUACCGUGACCCCAAGACUCACUUCCACAUCCCCUACCGCGAGAACAAGAACCUCACUGGUACUGCCCGGUACGCCAGUAUAAACACCCAUCUGGGUGUCGAACAGUCUCGUCGUGAUGACAUGGAAUCCCUGGGUUAUGUCAUGCUCUACUUCUGCCGCGGAUCUCUUCCCUGGCAGGGUCUGAAGGCUGCUACCAAGAAGCAGAAGUACGACCGUAUCAUGGAGAAGAAGAUGACCACCCCCACUGAGGUCCUCUGCCGUGGUUUUCCUAACGAGUUUGCCAUCUAUCUCAACUACACCCGCUCGCUCCGAUUCGACGACAAGCCCGACUACUCUUACCUCCGCAAGAUCUUCCGUGAUCUCUUCGUCCGCGAGUCCUUCCAGUAUGACUACGUCUUCGACUGGACCGUCUACAAGUAUCAGAAGAAUGCUGCCAUGAUUGUGGACGCUACCAAGAAGGACAAGGACGACGAGCAACAGCGCCGCCAGGGGGCUGCCGCUGCUGCCAUGGGCCCUGGUGGUGCCGCUAAACCCGGUGCCAUCUCCGGCCAGCGCCGCAAGGUUAUUGACCGCGGCACCCUCGACAACACUCCGGACACCAACCGCGCCGUGGGAGGGAUCUUCGGCGUUAGGCUGCGUUCUGCCUCGAAAGGUGCUGCUCUAGGUGCUUAUGGACCUUCUGGUGGCCGUUCGAAGCGGGAUGACGGAACAGGGGCUCAGUGGUACUAA